AUGCACGCUUUAGUCAUCGGAGGCAGUGGUCGCACUGGAAAGCUCGUCGUGGAGGAGCUGCUUCGAAAAGAGAAUCAUAUCACUGCCCUCGUUCGAAAUCCUGCAGUGAUCGAGAUGCGAGAUGGCUUGAGCAUCGUCAAAGGAACACCUACAAGUCGCUCCCGAGCCAGCGACAGCCCAUUCGCCGCACCCAUUUCCCCUCCACGGCUCAUGGCCGACUGCAACACCAACGUUGUAACCGUGAUGACAGAAUUUGGCGUGAAGAAGGUGGUCAUUCUACAAGCUUUUGGCGUUGGUACAUCGUGGCCAAACAUGUCAUGCAUACUUCGUUUGCUGAUGAGCAAAUCCAACAUGAGCUAUCAGUAUGAUGAUCACAACAAAACAGACAGGGCGAUUCGAACUAGCGGCGUCACAUAUGUUCUGGUUCGUCCUGCUAGGCUGGUGGAUACUGAUGUUCUGUCGACUCGAGAAUGGCCGUACGAUGGCAAGGGGAUUCCCCUGAUGGCUACUGCUAGCCGUAAAAGCGUGGCUAAAUUCUUGGUGGAUGCGGCGACGAAGGAUACAUGGGAUGACAGUGGCCCCGUUAUCUCGAAUUGA